AUGCAAACACCAACAACCCAAGAACAGCUGCGCCACGCACUCGAGUUUGGAUCUCCAUCUCCAGACUCGACACUUGACCUAGGAAAUGAUACCUCUCUUCCACUGAGAACGAUGAAGAACACCGAUCUCUCCUUCAAACCUUCGACUGCCAUGGACCUGGAACCUGACUCGCCCAUGUCUCGUUUCCUCGCGGCACCUACACCACUCUCACCCAAUACGCCCACAAAGCCGAAAGCUAUGCGAGCUCAGGAGAAUGCGGGUCCUCUAUCGUUCUCUGUUCGACAAGCAGAGAGAGUUGGACGCUUGCAGUCGCCGAGUGUGACUCCCAAGCGUAAAGAGCUUCUCGUGAAAGAUUCAAUCCAGGAUCCACGAGGGGGAAAGAGACCCAAAGUAGAAGGAGCAGGCUGGGAAAGAGAUCAUUGGUCACCACCAAGCUCUAGAUCCGGAACACCUGCUACACGGGAACUGUUUCCGGAUCAUCGAAAAGAGAAGAGAAGAGGCUUCAAGAAUGACAGUCGGUCAAGAUUUGUUACGACGGAGAAGGAGCAGGGAGUAGGGGACCUCGUGGGGAAUGAAUAUCCGACAGUCCUAAGUGGGCGGAGUCCGGAUAUUCCGGACGGGCCUGAUACGCUUUGCUACAACUGUGGGAAGAAGGGACAUUGGUUUAUAGAUUGUAUGGUGGGUUGUGGGAGAUGUGGAGAGGAUGGACAUAAGACUUAUCAUUGUGAUUUUUCGGGGAAGGAGAAGAAGGUUAAAUUGGAAGAGAUUAAAGAGGAUGGGGUGAAGAAAGCGUUUUGA